GUUAGGUACAAAUUACAUUAGGUUAAGAGCUCUCGGUUAUAUUCACAUUGUUUACCCUACAAUCAUAAAAAUGUAGUCAGGGGAUUGAAUGUGUAACAGUCAUUGUCAAUGUAACAUAUGAAUCUUAAAGAAUCUCAAGGAUGUAUCUUGGGACGCUCAUCCCCAAAACGUUUCUCAACGCAAUUGUAGGUUUAGCUUUUAUAUUAUUUUUCUGUGAAUUUCUCGUGUAUUACUUGGUACUCAUACAGUGCGAAUGGCCUGCUUUAAAUCCUCAAAAAGAAGAUCUCAGUGUACGUGUGGACACAAUGGAUAAACCUGUGAAAGCAAUGUUCAUUGCAGAUACUCAUUUAUUAGGUUCCAGAGAGGGUCAUUGGUUUGACAAAUUACGCAGGGAAUGGCAAAUGUACAGAGCAUUCCAGACUAUGAUGGCAUUACAUCGACCAGAUUUAGUUUUUAUAUUAGGUGAUAUUUUUGACGAAGGGCAAUGGUGUAGCUCUGUCGAGUUUGAGUACUACAUACGAAGGUUCCAUUCCCUGUUUUAUGUGCCCAAAGACACGCAUCUCUAUGUUGUUGCUGGCAAUCACGAUAUGGGAUUUCAUUAUGCGAUCACUCCAUAUCGCAAUCAGCGAUUCAUUAACGGUUUAAAAAGCUCGAAUGUGCGACGGUUGAGCAUACGUGACAAUCACUUCGUGCUGAUCAACAGCAUGGCGCUGGAAGGGGACGGCUGCUUUCUGUGCCGACCAACUGAGAUGGCGGUGAACAAAAUAGCCAAAGAUCUGAAAUGUGCGAGAAAGAUCGACAAUGAUUGCUACAACACAAGCGCGAUCUUCAGAUAUAGUAGGCCUAUACUGUUGCAACACUAUCCAAUGUAUCGAGAAUCCGACGAGAUCUGCAACGAGCUGGAUCAGGCACCCGAUGAGAUAAAGGCCAUCAAGUUCCGAGAGCGAUGGGAAUGCCUGUCGAAAGAGGCAUCGGAACAACUUCUAGAUAUCCUGAAUCCACGAUUGAUCGUCGCUGGCCACACGCAUCACGGUUGCAGGAAAAUACAUCGAGAGGACGUCUUGGAAUUUACGAUCUCAUCCUUCAGCUGGCGCAACAAAGUCAAUCCGUCUCUCCUCAUGGCUAUCGACGAGAUGGAGCAGCGGGAUCUGCCCCAGGCAUUCCGCUUGCUGGGUGAGAUGAAUGCCAAUGUGCUGCAGGUGAACCAGCUGGUGGACAACAUGCUGGUUCGUGUAAAGAAUGGUGAGAUCUCCACAGAUAAAGGGCUGAGCUUCCUGGAGAUGAAGUAUCACAUGCUGCUCUCGUAUCUCAUCAAUUUGACAUACGUGGUGCUGAGAAAGUGCUCAGGCGAGCGCAUCGAGGGCGAUCCAUCGAUCGAUCGUCUCAUCGAGAUCAGGACUGUCUUGGAAAAGAUUCGACCGAUCGAUCACAAGCUCAAGUACCAGAUAGAUAAGCUGGUGAAGACUGCCGUCACUGGUACCGUCAACAGCGACGAUCCCAGCAACUUCCGAGCGAAUCCUGACGCACUGAUUGCCAAACUCGAUAGCGAGGACUCCACUGAUAGUGAGCAGGAGGAGGAGACAGAUGGCUUCAAAUCGACGACGCAGCAAUCCAGGAAAUCAGGUGUUUAUGUGCCACCAAAACUCGCUGCGGUACCUUACGAUGGCGACGAGACAAGGGCGGAAAAGAUCCGCAAGGCUGGCGAGCGGGCUCGCAGACGCGCCGUGUCGAACACGGUGCUGCGGGAACUGAAAGAGGAAUAUCUGGACGCGCCCGUGGAGGAUAGCCAGGGCCUAGGUGAGAAGCGGGCAAUCCUAGUGCGCGAGGACAAGCGGAAGAUCGAGUACGAAGAGAACUACAUGACGCGCCUGCCCGUCACCAAGGAGGAGAAGCACAGGCGUCGCCAGAUGACGACCCUCGGCACGCUCGGCGAUGAGAUCACCGCUUUUGGCGAGCCAUCCGCCAAGUCCGCUAAAAAGAGGAAAGCUCAGAGAAAGGGCAAAGCUAAAAAGAAAAAAACGACAUUAAGGGACGACUUCGAGGCUUUGGCAAGACCCGGAGUUUCAUACAGCAUUAACGAUUAAGGUAAAAGACAAGAGAAAAACAUAAGGAAAAAUAAAUUUACUCGAUUUCUUCUUCGAAACAAGAGCAGAUGCCACUAAUACUCGUUACUAAGUUAAGCUAAAAAAUAACGUCGUAACGUCUAGUAAUAAAAGUAAAAGAAAAAAAGACAACGUGUGUCGGGACGGUGGAGUAAGAAUAGCACGAUGGUAAUUUAUUACUGUAUAAGACAUACUAAUGGUCGUGUAAUUGAUAAUUCUAGUUAAUAAUGAUUUUAAUCUUUAACUGUUGUCCGAGAGAGAUCAAUUUUGAUCUAUGGAGUUGAUAAGACGAGAGAAAGAUCCAUCGGGAGAGAGAGAGAGAGAGAGAGAGAGAGAGAGAGAGAGAGAGAAAUAAAAUAAAAGGUAUUCCACGCGAGUAUGAAUGGUUUGAGAGAGAGAAACGAAUGUCAGGCAUAUACGAUGGACACAUACGAGCUUAAUGGAAAUUAUGUGUCGCAAUAGCGUAUAUCGUAUCGUAAUAUUGGAUCGAAUAGUGGAUUAAAGAAAAAAAAUGAAAAAAAAGAAACGGCUCCAAGAUUGAAAAUUGUGAAUUACACAUGUAAAAGUUGAAAGCAGAACAUUUCUCUGCUUUAUUUUGAAAUAUUCUCCGGCUAUAUAGGGAACGGAAAAGAAGCGCAAGAGGAAUGGCGGGCGGAAGUCAGUACGAGCAUAGCGGGAGAGAUGAUAUUAAAUUAAUUGUUAACGGAAGCGUAAAAAUCACAAGACAUUCUGCAAGAAGUUUUAGAAAACUCGAGAUUUAAAAAAAAAGAAAAAAAAACACAAACGUUCUUUAGGAAUCGCACGCACUCGGUGCAACUUUGAAAAAGAAAAAAAUAAGCAAAAAAAAUGAGAAGGAAAAAACGAUAUUUCAUCGAUAUCGCAUGUCUUAGGAUUUUCUCGCUGUCUUAGAGUGUAGUGAAGUAGUUACUAGUUUUACUAUAUUAUAUGUAUGUUUCGUUUGUGUUUUUCCCCUGGUGAAACUGUUGAGGCUAUUAUAAACAUUUGGAUGUGAGUCAUGUUUUUACGUUAAGUCUCAUUUCUCUUUUUCUUUUAUUACUAAUUGUAUUAUAAAUUAUUAAUUACAAUGUGCUCCUGCGUGCAUAUUGUACAUCUGUUGUUUUUGCGUUGGUCUUAAGUCGUUAAACUUAUAUUGAUGGUAAUAUAAGGAUAACACGAGCGUGUCAAAAUUCAAAAUUGUCGUCAUGUUCUCAGAUUUGAUUUCGAUUGACUGAUUGUUUCAUUUUCCCGGAGGACGGGAGCGAGAGAGGGAGAGCCUGUCAUAUCAUAUGUACGAAUAUGGAUGAACCGACGGAACGAACGGGAAGAACGAACGAAACGAAACAAACGAACGGAGACUUGGGGCGAAAGUCACUUCUGCAAAACUGAUAAAUAGGAUAUACUUAUACAAUCAAACCGUGCGUUGGGAGGAGGGGAUCGCGAUUGUCGCGAGCAACCCCUCUUCCCUAAAUAGAUUGCGUUCUUUUAACGUUGUUAAACGCGGGAGUCACGCUGCGUCGUGGCGUCCCAGGCGAAAUGUUCCUUUUUAACGUAGCGUGAAGGAGUUAAGCGACAUAUAUUGUUCUAUAAAGAGAAUACGUAUGUUAGAUAUAUGCGUUGUAUAGCCACAUAGUUGCUCAUUCCUGUGCGGAAGUGAUCACCCACUUAUUAAUCUUCGCGAGAGAGAUGAAAGAAGUGACCGCGACACGAUUCGUUCGCUGGCCAAGGGCUCAACCAUCCAUAGAUAUUAUAUUUUUUACAGAAGUGUUCAUAGAUUGAGCCAACUUGGCACGGCGCCGGCCGACGAUGUGCCACACGCAGGGCCUCCCUCCCUCCUCGACGAUCUCCGCGGGGACGAUAUUAAUUAAAGAUAAAGAUGAAAAAAAAAGAAAAAAUGUGAUAAUGAUUAUUCAAUGAAGUAAAUAGUUAAAGAGAAAACUUAAACAAAAUAGCACAAUCGCUGGGCAUUAUCUACAAAGUGCUAGCAAGCCUAAUGUCAGCAGCCUUGUCGUAUUUGGUAUUUAAAAAAAAAAGAAAA